AUGUAUGUUUCGCGCGCAUCUAGGUCUCGAAAGUCACGACUUGAGCUCGAGAUUGAAAAGCAUCGUGCCGAGGGUAAUUUUAACAAGGCUCUUGAGCUGGUCUGUGCAUUCAAAGGCGAGCGUAGUGGCUUGAAUGUCUGUCUCUACAAUCUGGUAUUUUGCGAGAGCCGCCUCAUUCUUUCUGAAAAGGAGUGCACCUAUGCCAUCGAUUUCAAGGCCGUGGAGGCGGCCGUUGAAGCCGCUCUACGGAACGCUGAUGAUCAAUACAGAUAUGAGGCGACAAUUUUAAAAGCGAAGAUAGCAUUUAUUCAGGACCACUAUGCGAAGGUCGUCGAACUGCUAACAACCGGUGGCAUUGACCUUAAAAAGGUGCGGAUCGAUUCCUAUGCAUCGCGGUUUGCUUGCCUCCUGUCGGAGGGAUUCGCCAUGCUUGGAAUCUCCAAGGAACGGCUGCUCUCCACUCGACCGAACCUCGAAUCAGAUGAAGGUGUCAGUGAUGAGAUUUACGAGCUCUACGAGUUGGCUGGUAGCGUGUGCAUCCGCUACCUGCAGGAGGUGGAACCGACCCUGCCCGAGAGCCUUCAGCCCAUCGGUUUGCCAAAAUCGGUAGAUACCGCUAUCAAGAGACAGGUUGUUGGGUCGCUUCAGCAAAAUGACAUGACUGAGGCGGUACAGAAAUUUCGUUCCCUUUUGCGCUACGUGGAGACACCGUCAACAAAGUCACUUCGUCAGUCUUUGGCACGUCAACUGGCCGAACUUCUUCUGCGUGUCGUGUGCACCGGAAAAUACUACAAAUAUAUAGCCUCGUCCGAACGCGACUUGAAUGGUAAACCUCGUUGCUAUCCGGCAGAUGCUUAUGUCCCGGAUGAUCAGCUGCAGGAGGCUAUUCUGAUGCUUCUUAUUUCCGAGUAUAUCGCUAGUCAAGAUGUGAUUCUGAAUCGAUCUUCUGAUUUGGCUGAGGAAAGAAUUAAGACCGUAAAUGAAACCAUCGUCAUCUACGACCUGUUAGCCAUCGCUCUUACGUUAGAACGCGCGCUGAAGUUCUCCUAUCAAGAAUUUCAAAUCUGGUAUCAAUUUGCUCUCUCAUUGGUAGCCUCUCAAAAGUACUAUCGAGCCUAUUUAGUUCUUCGAGAAUGUCAACGGAUUGAUCCCAGCAACCCUUCUAUCUGCCUACUUGCGAGCUCACUUUGUUUGGGCCGCCUUCAUUUGAUUGAAGAGGGUAUUUUCUUCGCCAAAAAUGGGGUUGAGAUCGCUUCCAAGGCAGAGGACACGUAUUUGUGUGCCAGGUCCCAUCUGAUGUUGGGUUGGGGGUAUUCAAUCUCUGCAAGGGAAUGUCAAAUGUUACCACGUAAAGUCGAACUGCAACAACAAGCCAUUGAGGAGUACACUGCGGCGACUAAAUCGGAUCCUGAGGACUAUCUAGCAUGGUAUCAUCUUGCGGUAGAACUGGCCAUCAAGCGGAAAAUCGUGCAGGCAUUGAAGGCUUGCCAGCGGUCCAUUCUCUUGGCACCAACGCAACCUGAAACGAUCCGUCUUUUGGCUCUCCUCCACACUGCCUCCGCCUCAUUGUCUUCCUCCACUAACUCCACAUCAACCACAGUUUCCUUAGGUGGUGGACGGCAUGCACAUUUGUACCAAGCCGUGAGGGCUCUCCAUAGCGGUCUCGCCGACCGUCCGCAUGACUUCUCACUUCUCUUUACCCUUGCCAAAGUGGAGGCCGAGUUCCACGGUCCUGAGGCUGGACUGAAGGUCUACAUGCACCUCAUCGACACCUGGUGCGACUGCUUCCCACAAUUCCAGGGUCAGCGACUUGAAACUGGAAGCACGGGGUUAGAAUGUUUGCGGGAUGCACCGCUGGUUCCUAGUGAGAACUCGGCACUGGAUCUUUGCGCCUCGGAGACAGAGUGUAACAUGACGAGUGACGGUACCAUGAACUGUGAACAUAUCGCUCUUCUCCCCUCCAACCGACUGGAGACGAUCCUCACCGAGCUUGCCUCAGGUGGUAGUGGUAGCGGCGCUGCACAAAACGGCUCUCCCGUGCAGCCCCAAACCACAUCCUUCUUUGGAGCAGUUGGUGCGGACUUCUCUCCUCAGGCUUUGCUUGCCAAAAUCCUCGGUUGUAUGGCGGAGCUUUAUUUAGAGUCUGGGAGAAUUGAAGAUGCACAAGACUGCGUAGCAGAGGCGGUUUCCUUAUCUCAAAUAAACCACGAGUUACUAUACUUGCGUGGUCGUAUAUUCGAGGCCACAGGCAGACUCGAGGAGGCGCGAACGAUGUAUGAAAGCGCCAUCGCAAUUAACCCAUCGCACAUAAAAUCUCUCUAUAGCCUGGCAAACACAUUAAAACAAAGUGGACAGUAUAUCCUAGCUGAACAGGCGUUACGUGACGCACUGGCGGUUGACUCGACGAACUCUCGCGUCUGGCGCCUCCUCGGGGAAGUUCUAUCUGGUGGUGAAACCUCCAAUGACCCCGCGUCCAAAACUAUUGCAACGACCGCAUUCCUGAGUGCUAUCGAGUUGGAGCAAACGGAACCCCUGGAGCCGUUCUACACUCUUCGUCUCGGAGUUCAUUGCAGUUGA